ACACGGCCAGAGCACAGGGGACAGGACAGCACCGCGGGAGGUGACACAGGGGACAGGACAGCACCGCGGGAGGUGGCACGGGGGACACAGCCGCAGGCCCAGCCAUGUCCUGUGCGCCCAGAGCUGCCGUCAGGGGGACACCGCAGGGACCCCGCCCCGGGACCAUGGCGGCGAGCGGGGACACCGAGGCUGUCAUCGACCCCGACAUGGUGGCCUUGUUCGACGAGUUCCUGGGGACAGAGACCUCGGUGGCGUUCGGGUCCCCGCCGGUGCCGCGCCCCGCGGCCCGGCCGUACCAGUACGUGCUGCGGGACACGGAGCAGCGGGGGCUGAGCCUGCGCCACGGCCACCUGGUGGCCACCAGCCUGCAGGGGGCCAACGCCGCCCAGGAAGAGCCCAUCAGCGUUGUCCCCAACCGGCACCUGGAGCGGCAGCGCUGUCCCCUCAUCGUGGGGAUCCGCGGGGGCAGCCGGGCACUGUCCUGUGGCACCGGCACCGAGCCACAGCUGCACCUGGAGGACGUGGAGCUGCUGAAGCUGUUCUCGGGUGACAAGGACACGGCCACGCCCUUCACCUUCUACAAGACGUUCGGCGGCUCCACGCACACCUUCGAGGCCGCCGCCUUCCCCGGGCUCUUCCUCAGCACGGCCUCCGGCCCGGGGCAAGCGCUGGCCCUGGCGGCGGGACACGGGGCCACCGAAUUCUACCUGCACCGGAAACUGCAGUGACACCGCGGGGGGACAGCGGGGACAGCCUGGGGACAUCCUGGGGACAGCCUGGGGACAGUGGGGGACAGCUGGGGACAUCCUGGGGACAUCUCUGGGGACAGCGGGGACAGACUGGGGACAUCCCCGGUGCCACCGCCUUCUACCUGCACCGGAAACUGCAGUGACACCGCGGGGGGACAGCGGGGACAGCUGGGGACAGCCUGGGGACAGUGGGGGACAGCGGGGGACAGCCUGGGGACAGCGGGGACAGCCUGGGGACAUCCUGGGGACAUCCCUGGGGACAGCGGGGACAGACUGGGGACAUUCACAAUGGGGACAUCAGCCUGGAGACAUCCCCGGUGCCACCAACUUCUACCUGCACCGGAAACUGCAGUGACAGCGGGGACA